UUUGGAACUUCUUCUUUUGAUGAAGAGCCACAAGUUAGGUUUAUACAUUCAAAUUACUUUCUUCAUUCUACUUUUCUUAUUUUCAAGAUGCUAGAUAUCGAUCGUUUCGGUUAACCUCCUGGUCGGAUAGAUUUUCAGAUUGAUAGGUAGCAUGGAAAGUAUUCAAGUUGGCUCUAAUGCACUUAUUAUGGAAGUUCUUGAUCGAAAUAACUACAAGCAUUGGAGAUCGCGGUUGAAAACUUAUUUAUUGGCUGAAGAUCUCUGGGAGGUUGUUGAAGCAAUCAGAGAGACUCCAAAACUCAAAGGUGAUCAAGCCGAUUACAAGGCCUGGACCAUAAAGAAUGCGAAGGCUUUGUACGCAAUCCAAAAUUCAUGUGGAAGAGAGCUCUUCUCUUUCAUAAGCGAAAUUGAGACGGCCAGAAGUGCUUGGGAGACGUUGGAACGAGAGUGCGAAGUUAUGCAAGGAUUUGAUGAGAAUAAUUCCGACCACUUGGAGCGCUAUAAAUCGUUUGUCAGAUAUGUGGAGAGUGGUGAUUGGGACAAGGCAAAGAAGUGUCUUAGAGAAAUUGAUGUCCGCAGUGUCUUAGAAGUAAGAGCAAUAGACGGACGGAACGGAACAACAGCUCUUCAUGUAGCGGCCAUGGAAGGGCACGCGCGUAUAGUGAAAGAUUUGGUGCAUUUGAUGACGCAAGAAGAUUUGAAAACAAAAACCGAUUCUGGUCACACAGCUCUUCAUCUAGCAGCACAGCAGGGGCAUGUUCAUGUUGUGAAAGAGUUGCCGGUGCAGUUGAUGGGAGAAGUACAAGACAAAGGUGGUCACACAGCCCUUCAUUAUGCAGUCCACGCAGGGAAGGUCGAUGUUGUGAAAGAGUUGUUGCUGUUGAUGAGACAAGAUGACUUUUUGCAAAUUAAAAACAAGGAUGGUGAUACAGCUCUUCAUAUAGCAGUUCAGAAAGGGAAUGUCGAUAUCGUGAAAGAGUUGGUGCUGUUGAUGAGACAAGAAGACUUGAAAACAAAAAACGAUGCUGGUUACACAGCUCUUCAUCUAGCCGUCAGUAAGGGGAAUGUCCCUAUGGUCAAACCGUUCGUGAUAAAAGAAAAAGGUGAGGCUAAUAUUGGCGAAGAUGAGUUUGAGCGUUAUAUACCGUUUACCACCUAUGUGACAACUGGUGAUCGGGAUAAGGCAAAAGGGUGUCUUAAAGAACUAGAUGAUCCUUGUGGUGCAGUAACAGUAGUAGAUCCCAGAGACGACUUGAGAGAAACUGCUCUUCACGUAGCAGCCCGGAGAGGGCAUGUGGAUGUUAUCAAAGAGUUGUUGUUGUUGCUGAAAAGGCGAGAAGAAGAUCAUCUGGAGUUGAAAACCGCUGAAGAUUUCACCAUUUUUGGUUCUGGUAUAAGUUUAGGGGUUAGUGAAGAGUUCCUUAUGGCAAGGGCAAAAUACAUGGUUGAACAAUACGAGAAAACACUUGGCAGUAUUUUGGAGAUACAGAAUUAUAAUGGUUCCACACCUCUUCACGUAGCAGUAAUAGAGGGGCAUGCGCAUAUUGUGAAAGAGUUGGUUCAUUUCAUGAGAAAAGAAGGUUUAGAAAAACAAAACCAUUAUGGAGAAUCACCUCUUCACGUAGCAGUAAUAAAGGAGAAUGUGCUUAUUGUGAAAGAGUUGGUUCAGUUCAUGAGAAAAGAAGGUUUAGAAAUACAAAACCGUUAUGGAGAAUCACCUCUUCACGUAGCAGUAAUAAAGCAGAAUGUGCGUAUUGUGAAAGAGUUGGUACCAUGGAUGAGACGAGAUGGUAUGGAAAUAAAAGAUUCCGGGGGUUCUUAUGCACUUCACCGAGCAGUCAGGAAUAGACAUGUACAAAUCGUCAAAGAGCUGACGUUAUGUAUGAUACCAGAAGCUUUGGAAAUAAAAGACGGCCAAGGCUAUACAGCUUUAGGCCGUGCUCUAAAUGUAGGCAGGGAUAGAGACGCGAUGGAAAUGGCGAGAUACAUGGCUGAAAGGAAUCAUAAAGUAGUUGGCAUUCCGGGGCCUUUUGAUGAUGAUGACAUUCCAGUUGUCAGCGCUCUUCGUGGUGGCCUGUGGAAGUCAGCUCGAUAUCUGUAUUCUAUUACUCCACCGGAAGUUCUCCACGGAUCCAAUGGCAGUCAAUUUAUUUGCUAUUGUUUGAACUCUAGCAGAACGCUUGAUAUGGCAUGGGACUUGCUUCAACGUUACCCAAUCUUGGCCAUGACUGUUUACGAAACGUAUAAAACUUCUCCUAUGUUGAGGUUGGCUAGCAUGCGUUUUGCAUUUUUAAGUGCAACACGACUCACACGUUUGCAAAGGUGGAUUUAUGACUGUAUACACAUAGGAGAUUAUCAAGUUAACAAUCUUGAUAUCUCUAUAAAUGUUGUCGAAUCAAAACAUGGUCAUGACGAUAAAAGGAGUUUUAUUUCCUCAGUUAUGAAUUCAUUUAGAAGAUUUUCCAAAGGUGUCGGUAAAUUUUGCGGAAUCGAUUUUAUAUAUCAUAUGAAAUCGACACAUGAAUGGAUCUUUCUUUUUCUACAUUGCAUGGGUGAAACGACAAAAUAUCAUCAUCUCACUCCAGAGCAACUUGAAAUGGUUAAAAAAUCAGUCUUCGUUGCUAUAGAAAAAGGGCAUUUUGAGUUUGUUACUCGACUAUGUAAAACAAAUCCAAGAAUACUCACGGAUACUUAUGAUGAACAUGGGAGGACCAUAUUUCAUGUUGCCGUUCAAUAUCGUCAAGAAGAGGUUUAUAGUCUUAUGUAUGGGCUUGAUGAAGAAAAGCAGUCUGAAAUUGGAAUUACUCUAGUGAACACUGACUAUAAUCUGCUACAUAUUGCUGCCGAUUUAUUCUCGGGUUCAUAUGGUGAUCGUAUUCAAGAUGCAAGUUUGCGACUACAAAGAGAACUACAGUGGUUUAAGGAGGUGGGAAGUAUUGUGCCUAUCGAAAUGCAUGAGUAUCGAAGACAUUCAGAUGGUUUGACAGCACGUGAACUAUUUACCAAGACUCACAAGAACUUGAUAGAGGAUGCAAAAAGUUCAAUGAUAGAAACAGCACAUUCUUGUACAGUUAUAGGUGCUCUUAUUGUUACAAUGAUGUUUGCUGCAACUUUCACACUUCCUGGUGGGAAUAAUGGUAACACAGGUCUUCCCUUUUUCCAAGAUAACAAGUUGUUAAAGGUUUUUAUAGUUUCAGAUACUAUAUCACUUGUGUCUUCCACAAUUUCUGUGAUUACGUUCUUGGGAAUUCUCACCUCGAGUUACGCAGAAGAUGAUUUCCUCAAAUAUCUGCUCACAAUGACAAAGAUUGGGAUAUUCACUCUUUUCUUCUCUAUUGUCACCAUGAUGAUUGUGUUUUCUUCUGCACUUGCCAUUAUGCUUGAGGGGGAGGCAUGGAUUGUUAUACCAAGUAUUUUGUUCGCUAGUCUUCCGGCCCUCUAUUUCUCAUGGUUGUUGUUCCCUCUCCUUGGCAAGAUGUUCAAGUCUACUUAUGGACCUGGAAGAUUUGGCAGAAGAAGAAAAGUCUAAUUCAAAUCAUUGAUGUUAUCUUUGAUAUUGCUCUCCCGUACGCGUGUUUUAUUUUUCAUUAAUUCUUUCUCAAACGCUAUAAUACCCUAGGUUUUAUGCUCCAAAGUUGAUGCUUCCAUAUGUGAUCAUUUGAUCAUCAUUGAUUCUCGCACUACUUAAUUACGGAAAGAUAUGAAAAACAACCUUUGAUCAUCAUCAUCC